CUUCGUGUACUGUGUAGUCAGCAGCAACUUCGUGGUGUUGUGGAAAUUUGUGUGACAUUCUCCAGGUUAUGUUCAUAACAACUAAAUACCUGAGUUGUUUGUGCUUGUUUUUGGCCUGACCGGUAAAAUCGCUACGUGUAUCUUCGUAAAAGAAACGGCUGAGUGUGUGACGUGCUGUCAGGAGCAGUUUGUCUACGAAGUAAUCUCCUCAUAUACUUCGUGGCUAACGAGAAAAGGCGGACAGUGAAAUUCAAAGGUUGUCCAUACUGUAGAACUGAAGCAUGGACCAGGAGCCAACUAAGUGGAUAAAAAAAGAGGAAACUCAUGAAGUACAAACUGAGUUACACUUCAUAGCCCAAGAUUAUGCAUGCAGCAUGAAUGUAAAAGAAGAGUUGGAGGAGGGUGUGAAUAAAGAGUUUCUUGAAGACCCAUUAAAGGCUGGCGACCCUAGUGUUUGCGUAAAGCAAGACCCCGAACUGAAACACCAUGCUGCUGGAUCUGAGCAUAAUUCGGUUGAAGAUCCAUUGGGAAUAUCUUUGUCCACUGAUUUUAUCAAGGAGGAUCCUGAAUUAAAUAUAACUGAGAAUACUGUGGAAACCUCAACAAGAUGUGCAUCUGAUAGUGCAAGAUUUACUCAGACUACUGGUGGGAGUUGCAGCAUAUCAUAUGAAGAAACUUGUCACUGUAGACUGGUCCAGGAUGAGUUGGUGAUAGACAUGGAGAAGUCAACACAUGGGUUCAGUACCAAUGCAGAAGAUGUGACUAUUGAUAAGGAAUGCUCAGUUGCCACCCAAUAUGACUGUAGUACGAGGGAAAAGGAAUUACAUGUAUAUAGCUGUAAUUUCUGCCAACAGAGCUUUUCUUCAAAAUACAGACUAAUAAUGCAUGUGUUUAUGCACAUUGAUGGAACGCAACCACCUUCAUAUGUUUGUAAGUGGUGUGGUGAGGUAUUUCACAGUAAUGUUGGCUUGAAAAAGCAUAUGAGAAUGAGUGAGAAUUGUCAAGUUUUAACGGCUGACAGUCAUGAGAAAUAUGGACAUAGUGAUGAGUAUCAAACCACUACCUCGUUGGAUAGUGAGGCAGCAGUUUCUGUCACAGAACACAAUGACCAGUCUUCACGUAAGGAAACUUGGAAAGAUUCAAAGAAGCCCUCUAAUGACAUAUGUAACACACAUAUGACAAAUGGUAGAGAGAAAACAAGUAAUUAUGGAACUUUGUCUAUAGCUGUUAAUGUCAGUGCCCAGGCUGAUCUACUUACUGCUAACAGAACCGACAGAUGUGGUAUUUGUGGCAAAUUGUUUGCUAGGUCAGGUGAUCUCGAGAGACAUGUUUCGAUUCAUACUGGGAAAAGACUUCACAAAUGUGAUAUUUGUGAGAAAUUGUUUGCCCAGUCACGUUAUCUAAAGGCGCACACAUUAAUUCACACUGGAAAGAAACCUUACAUGUGCGAGAUUUGUGGGAAAUCUUUUACUAUGUUAGGUCAUCUUAAGAAACAUUCAUUAAUUCACACUGGAAAUAAACCUCACAAAUGUGAGAUUUGUCGGAAAUCAUUUACUAUAUUAGGCAAUCUUAACAAACACAUAUCAAUUCACACUGGCGAGAAACCUCACAAAUGUGAGAUGUGUGGGAAAGCUUUUGUGUUUUCAAGCUAUCUGAAGGCACAUUCAUUAAUUCACACUGGAAAGAAACUUCACAAAUGUGAGAUUUGUGGGAAAUCUUUUACUAUGUUAGGUAAUCUCAAGAAACACGUAUUAAUUCACACUGGAAAUAAACCUCACAAAUGUGAGAUUUGUGGGAAAUCUUUUGCUAGGGCUGAUCAUUGCAAGACACACACGUUAUUUCACACUGGAAAUAAACGUCACAAAUGUGAGAUUUGUGGGAAAUCUUUUACUAUAUUAGCCAAUCUUAACAAACAUAUCUUAAUUCACACUGGAAAGAAACCUCACAAAUGUGAGAUUUGUGGGAAAUCUUUUGCCGCAUCAGGCUAUCUCAAGAACCACGUUUUAAUUCACACUGGAAUGAAACCGCACAAUUGUGAGAUUUGUGGGAAAUCUUUUACUAUGUCAAGCCAUCUCAAGAAACACGUAUUGAUUCACACUGGAAAGAAACCCUACAUGUGCGAGGUUUGUGGGAAAUCUUUUACUAUGUUAGGUGAUCUCAACAAACAUGUAUUAAUUCACACUCGAAAGAAACCUCACAAAUGUGAGAUUUGUGGGAAAUCUUUUACUCUAUUAGGCAAUCUUAACAGACAUUUAUUAAUUCACAAUGGAGAGAAACCUCACAAAUGUGAGAUUUGUGGGAAAUCUUUUACUAUGUUAGGUGAUCUCAAGAAACAUACAUUAAUUCAUGCUGGAAAUAAACCUCACAAAUGUGAGAUUUGUGGGAAAUCUUUUGCUAGGGCAGAUCAUCGCAAGACCCAUACAUUAUUUCACACUGGAAAUAAACCUCAUAAAUGUGAGAUUUGUGGGAAAUCUUUUACUAUAUUAGGCAAUCUUAACAAACACGUAUUAAUUCAUACUGGAAAGAAACCUCACAAAUGUGAGAUUUGUGGGAAAUCUUUUACUAUGUUAGGUGAUCUCAAGAAACACGUAUUAAUUCACACUGGAAAGAAACCUCACAAAUGUGAGAUUUGUGAGAAAUCUUUUACUAUGUUAGGUAAUCUCAAGAAACACGUAUUAAUUCACACUAGAAAGAAACCUCACAAAUGUGAGAUCUGUGCGGAAUCUUUUGCUACAUCAGGUGAUCUCAAGACACAUGCGUUUGAACACACUGGAAGUGGACCUCACAAAUGUAGUAUCUGUGACAAAAGUUUCACUUACUUGGAUACUCUCAAGACACAUGCAUUACUUCACGUCAGAAAGAAAAUGUAAGUAUGUGUUAGUUUACGCAAAUAGGUUUUCGUGGCUGGUGCCCUCAAGACCUAUAAAAUAAUGUAUGUACCAGGGGACAAUAAACUGUACUUUCGGUGAAAUAACUUUAAAAUCUGGUAUAAUUGUGAAAAAACUUGUAAUGAUGUGUACUGUAGAGUGCUAACAGAUAAUGUGACAAAAAAUUCAUAUCUGUAGCUUGAGAUGUCAAGAAAUGGUAUUACCAAAUACUCAAGAAACAUGAAUCAAAUGUGUUUUUGUCAUUAGCACUGCUGCUUUUUCCUAUUAUCUUGCGACUAGAAGAUUGUGAAUUGUGAUAAAUCCUUGCAAUAUUCAGUAUAAGGCCAAGGAAAUGUGAUAACUUGCUGCUUAAUAUUCCAAACA